AUGGGAGAUGGCAAGAGGACCCUUCCCCAAGAAAGGCCUAAGAAAGACGCGUCUGAGAACAUCCGAGACAUGGAACUGGGAGAGGAAUGGCAGGACGACGGAUUCCCGCGGCCUCUGCCAGAGGACACCUCGGAGGAAGAUCUAGAACCUUCCAGUUCAGAAUUGAGUCCCGUCGCCUCCAACACCUUGCAGCUCUCUGGCCGGAGACACAUGAGGAAGCGUCUCCAGGCCCCCGACCUCAGCGAGGAGUCAGUCAAAUCCGGGGAGCUCCCCGAAAGCACCCCGGACGGCAGCUUGGACAUCAACCUGGACGAGCUGGAGACGCCGUCGGAAAGCGAGUUCCAAGAAGGCCCGGAGAGCGGGCACGAAUUCGAGUGGGAAGACGACCUCCCGCGGGCCAGGCGAGUGGAGGCCAACCUGCCCGAGAAAUUCUGCUCCGGCCGCGUGGUGGACACGAAGGGUCCCGACGGACGGGUCUGGCGGAUCUUCCUGGGGGACGAGCACGAGCGCAAAGUGGAUCUGAGCGCCAUCGAGCCCUACACGCGGGUGAUCUCCCACGGGGGCUAUUGCGGCGAAGGUCUGAAUGCGGUUCUCGUCUUUGCUUCUUGUUACUUACCAGAAAGCAGCAUCCCCAAUUAUCCCUACAUCAUGGAGCACCUGUUCAGGUACAUAAUGGGAACACUGGAGCUGAUGGUGGCCGAGAGUUACAUGCUGGUGUGUCUGAACGGCGCCACUUCCCGGAGUCGCUUCCCAUCUUUUGCCUGGAUCAAGCAGUGUUACCAGACAAUCGACCGGCGGCUUCGGAAGAAUUUGAAGUCUUUGGUCAUCGUUCACCCCACGUGGUACAUCAGAGCCUUGAUGACCGUCUUCAAGCCGUUUAUCAGUUCCAAAUUCAGCCAGAAAGUGAAGUUCGUAGAUAGCUUGGAUGAUCUGGGCCAAAUUAUCCCCCUUCAACAGAUUCACAUCCCGGCCUGUGUCCAGCAGUGA